CUUUGCUUGUUGCCAGACCAGGCAGCCGAGGUGGACGCUGACUAUCACCACUGACAGUGUUGACGCGAUCUGACCGUAUUUUCCCUCCUCCUCAUCUAUUCCACGUUUUUCCGCUGACUUUUCCAUAGGCUACCAUUCCAUAAAGAUGAUUUUUAGUUCUCCUUUCCAUCGGACUCCCCGAUGUUGUGUAGGCUACUACAUGAAGGCGUGAAUCUUUGAGUAGAGGUGGAUCUUCCCGGAUACGGCGAGGGGUAUAUUAAAUAAAAAAAAAGAAGAGUUUCGCGGAAAUUCCCAAAAUAAAAAAUGCCGCGGAGGAAACAAGAGGCGCCGAAACGCGCAGCAGCCUAUUCUCCUGAGGAGCUGACAGAGCAUACUGUGGAGGAUGAGGAGGCGGAAGCAGAGGACCUGGCCUCUGUCCCUCAGGAUGACCUUCCCAUGAAAGACGAGUUUGUGGAGAACAGCAUAGGGCCUGCCAAGGAGCCUGCAUGUGACCAGGAUUCAUCCGGGGCCGCAGAGCUCUCGGGACAAGAGAUGGACAGCGAGUCACAUGUGAGCGAGGCUAGCGACCGUCUGUCAGACUUUGAAAGCCCCUCCAGGAAAGCAGAGGGCAACUUGGUCACAGCACCUCGAAAUGGUGGCACAGAGACACCCCCCAGAGGCAUAGACACUCUGGAACAGAUGAAGGCCAUAUACUCAAGCUUCCUGACCAGCCCCUUCUGGUCACCUCUGAACUUUAAUGCCACACUGACACAGGCACAAACCCCGGCUCCUGCUGAGAAGCCAGCUCGCAGCAACAGCACUAGUAGCAGUAGCAGCUGCAGCAGCAGUAGCUAUGACUGGCACCAGUCUGCAGUAGCAAAGACACUACAACAGCAUCCUUCCCAGAGUCAACACUCCACUCAGUCUGAACACAGCCUCUUUAGUACAGUCCAACUCCACAGGCAAAACCCAAGACUGUUUGGCUCCAUCUUCACUGGGGCCAGUAAGUUCCGCUGUAAGGGGUGCAGUGCUGCUUAUGACACCCUGGUGGAGCUGACGGUUCACAUGAAUGACACAGGCCACUACCGUGACGACAACCAGGACAGGGCUGGCAGCGGCGCAAAGCGUUGGUCAAAGCCCCGUAAGCGAUCCCUGCUGGAAAUGGAGGGGAAGGAGGAUGCCCAGAAGGUUCUCAAGUGUAUGUAUUGUGGCCACUCCUUUGAGUCCCUCCAGGACCUCAGUGUCCACAUGAUCAAGACCAAACACUACCAGAAAGUGCCUCUUAAGGAGCCCAUGGCCCCUGUGGCAGCCAAAAUCAUGUCUUCUAAGAAAAGGGGACUUGUGGGGUUGGACCUCACUCCCUCCCCACAUUCUAGAGAAGGGACCCCCAAAGCUAAGCAUCUACAGGCAGAUAUAAGUGAACCCUCACAGAAAGCUUCAUCCAGUCCCUACACUACCACUAAUAACCGCUAUGGCCACCAGAAUGGUGCUAGCUACGCUUGGCAAUUUGAGUCCAAUAAAUUCCAGAUCCUCAAGUGUAUGGAGUGUGGGAGUUCCCAUAACACACUGCAGGAACUGAGAACCCACAUGAUGGUGACAGGACACUUCCUGAGGGUGACCAGCUCUGUAGGAAAGAGAGUCAAACCUCCUACUGACGCCACCUCCCCAAGCUCUGGGAGGGUCACCACCCCUAGUGAAGAGAGGGUGCAGUCUGUCCCACUCGCCCCCUCCACAUUCUCUCCUCCACCUCUUCCUAUCACCACAACUCCCCCUGCUGCCUCCCCUCCCCUCAAAGAGAUCAAAAAGGAGGAGAUUGAGGAGGAAUGCACCAAGGAACAGCCUGUCAGAAAUGAAAAGCAGGUGGCAAAUGGAGAUGAAAGGGAGGAGGAUGCGGAGAAGGAGGAAAAGUUCGAUGUCUCAAAAUAUAACUAUCUGACUGAGGAGGACCUGAAGGAGAGCCCUAAAGGAGGCUUUGACAUCCUCAAAUCUCUGGAAAACACUGUGACAUCAGCCAUCAACAAGGCCCAGAGUGGAAACCCCAGCUGGGGGGGCUACCCUAGCAUCCAUGCAGCCUACCAGUUCCCCAGUGCCCUGAAGCUCCCCCAGGGCAGCAUGGAGAAGAACUCACCAAUGAAGUUUAUGUUCAGUGGAGGGGAUGGAGUAUUGUCCUCACUCGCCAAAAACCAGCCCCUCAUCUCCCCACCCAUUACCCAGUCCUCCCCACUUCCCAACAACAACUUCCAGGCAAUGGAGGAUUUAGUGAAAAAGGUGACUGAGAAAGUAGCUAAAGUGGAGCAAAGGGUAAAGCAGUUAUCUCCUAAGACAGAAAUGCACCUCUCCCCAUGUAGUAGUGAGGCUGCAGAAUCAACUAAGGGAGGGGAUGCUGACUCACCCCGGGAAUGGAGGGCAGCAACUCCAGCCAACAGCGACAAGGGAAGCCAUAGCGACAGGGCAUCCCCAGCAACAGAACCCAAGAGAGAGUCAACCAUCAAAUCUCCACUGGUUUCCACUCUGAGAUGCAGCACCGCCAUCAUCACUGGCCAUCCUCCUCCAGAGCAGCCCUUUGUCAACCCUCUAAGUGCUCUUCAGUCGGUAAUGAACAUUCAUCUGGGGAAAGCAGCCAAGCCCUCCAUGCCAAACCAAGAUCCCCUGAGCCUCCUCUCCAGGCUCAGCCAGAGCAUGGCUGAGAGGGCUGCUGUGGCUGCUCCUCCCACUCAGACCAAAAAACCUGAAACUGUGGUAGACCAUAGUUUCUGCCAGCCAACUGAUGACCAGCCUAUGGACCUGACAAAAGGGAAGAGCGAUAGAAGGGGCUCUGUAGGCUCUGCUCCCCUAACACCCUCAUCCACAGCCUCCUCCAUCUCCCCCUCCUCUCUUGUAACCCCUGCUAAGCUAGCGGUGGUCUCUCCCUACACAUCCAGCAGUCCCCUACAUGAGAAUGCAUUGUCUGAUAUCUCAGACAUGUUGAGGAAUCUGACACAAUCCCAGCAUGUCCCAAAGCCUCCCACACGGUCACGGAUCACAGACAGGGUUGAGGUGGUGGGCUCUACCCAGGAGGAGGCUGAGGGGUCCUUGCAUGGCCCCAAACGCAAAGGCCGUCAUUCCAACUGGAACCCGCAGCACCUGCUCCUUCUUCAGGCUCAGUUUGCCUCGAGCCUGAGGCAGACAUCGGAGGGGAAGUACAUCAUCAAUGACCUUAGCCCACAGGAAAGGAUGCAUGUGUCCCGAUUCACAGGCCUCUCCAUGACCACCAUCAGCCACUGGCUGGCCAACGUCAAGUACCAGCUAAGGAGAACUGGCAGAACCAAAUUCCUUAAGAACCUGGAUUCCGGUCAACCCGUAUUCUACUGCAGUGACUGUGCCUCACAGAUUCGAACCCCAGCAGCAUAUAUAUGCCACCUGGAGGCCCAUCUGGGAUUCAGAAUUAGGGACCUGGCCAAGCUGUCCCCCAAACAGACUGUUAGGGACUCCCAGACUCUGACUGAGAAACUAGUGCCCCUGGAGUCUUUCCUCUCUCCACAAUCACAAGAUGACUGCAGUAGUAAUGGAGCAGUGUACCGCUGCCAGCUCUGUGUCCGUAAAUUCGCCAGUAAGCACGCCAUCAAGCUCCACCUCAGCAAGAGCCAUGGGAAGUCUCCAGAGGACCAUCUGCUGUAUGUGUGCGAACUGGAGAAACACUAAAUUACUCUCAGCAGUGGACAUACUGUACUGGAAAACACACAGAAUGACUGUUAAGGACAAAACCUAAAACAGAAUAUUGAAAAGUGUGACAAUGCACAAUGAUGCCAUGAGCUACUGUUAAAAAUGUCAGCACAAGGUGUUUACAUGUAUUUGGCCUAUAAACGUUUCUGAUUUAUCUGCAUUUCAAAAGACAGUUAUUUCAAAUGUCAAGGGUGUUUCAAAAUAUACUGUUGGUCAACAAUAUUCAGUCCGUUAAGCAAGCAGAGUCAUUGGUUUCUGUUGUCUCCCUCACUGUGUAUACUGUUGGCAAGGAAAGACAACAAAGGACAGAUUAAUUUCAUGAUCAUGAUGAAUCUCUUGACUAGAAGGUCAGCUAGUAACUUGAAAUGUAUUGCUUUUAUUGUAUUUAUUUUCUAUUUUCGUGAGUUUGGUUUUGAUUUGCUGGUAGACUGCAUGUUCAGCAAGUUUUACUGUUAAGUUUGUACAGUCCUGUCCAGAUUUUAAAUUGCCCUUUUGAAAUUGGUCAACUUUUUAAACACUUAUGAAAACAGCCAAAAUGCCUGGGAAAGCUCCUUAGAAAAAUCUGCCAAACAACAAACACUUUCAUCACUUGUUUGUGUAGUUUUGUCUGUACAGCUUAUUGAUUUUCCUCGCCGAUUGUAGAAGUGGUCCCUUACUUAAUGAUAAAGAAUGAGGCUUCUUAUCGUUGAAUGAGGGUCACCUAAAAUCCAGGUCUUUGUAAAAAUGUACAUACAGUAUAUAAGCUUACAACUUGCUGUUUAAAUUAUGCAUACUUGUUAUAUUUCCUAAUUUAAGAGGACUAUGACUAUCCACUGGUGCAGAGCCUUUGAAGAAGACAAAAAUGACAUUGUUUUGCACAAUAGUUUUAUAAAUGUUAUUUGAUAAAAAAAAAAAAAAUACAAAUAUGUUAAUGCCUUGUGCUUCUAUGAUUAAAUUGAUUUAAC